AUGACUAUGGAAAACGUUGGUCUCCGCACGCCUGGCGUAUUGAGCGUCGUAUUUGGCGCUCAAGGCGCCUUUCUACUGGCCAAUGCCGUCUACACCUUGGCAAAUCCUUCCGCCGCAUCGAACCUUCCGGAUUCUCCCCUGGCUGGAGUUCCCAACCAUACAGUCCGAUGCAUAGGUGUGACCUCUCUUUCUACGGGGACAAUAUACGCCAUUGCGAGUUACCAGCGCAAUAUUCCGAUUAUGGUUGCUUCGCUCCCUGGUCGCCUUUUCGCCGGGUAUGUGUUCUAUCGGAACGGUGGCGCUUGGACUCGGGUUGCGAUUUUUGAAGUCUGUAUGGGGCUGGUGAAUGCCGCAGCACUUGCCUGGGAUCUAUACCUAUAA